CUUUCAAUUUGGUGUGACUAUGAGCACGAGGGCGCUUGCGGUUGAUUCGUUGGCAGUUGCUGGGCAACCCAUGAGCCGACAAGCGGGAAUACGUGUCAAAAUACUAGUGGUUGGUAGUUUCUAGAAGACCAUGGAACACCGUAUGUCCGGGUCAUUGUAGAAGAUCUCACAGCCUUUGACUACCAAUAUAAGAAGUCCCAGUUUCUCUGGAAUUUUAACCCUUUUCGCACGCCAAAUGAGAACAUAAUUUCCCUUUCUCUCUGCACGUUUCCUUCGAUUUCCCCUCUUUCUCAGGUCAUCCUUCCAGCUCCACUUGGUUGUAUUAGAAAGCAUUUUUAUUGGAGAUGGCUGAGGAUGGUCACAAGGUUACCUUGAACGUCUAUGACUUGAGCCAAGGUCUAGCUCGACAGUUGUCUACUACCUUUUUGGGAAAAGCUAUUGGAGGAAUAUGGCACACAGGAGUAGUGGCUUAUGGUCAUGAAUAUUAUUUUGGAGGUGGUAUACAACAUGCUCCAGCUGGGACUACCCCUUAUGGAACUCCUGUUCAAGUUGUAGACCUUGGUGUCACACACGUACCCAAGGAUGUCUUUGAAAUGUAUUUACAAGAGAUAAGCCCUCGGUAUACUGCAGAGACGUACAGUUUGCUUACCCACAACUGCAACAAUUUCAGCAAUGAGAUUGCUCAAUUUUUGGUCGGUGCAACCAUUCCAGAUUAUAUUUUGAAUCUUCCUAAUGAGGUUAUGAACAGCCCGAUGGGUGCCCUUAUAAUGCCUAUGAUACAACAACUGGAAUCAACGUUGAGGGCUAACGCGGUUCCACAAGCACCCCAGUUCAGACCACAUACUGAUGAUCCUGCUUCCCAGCCGACACUUUCUGGUGGGAAGUCCUCUAGUAGCCAUGUUGAGCAAUCUAAAUCCGCCAAGAGCCAAGAUGGAGAAAAGAAUGCUAUUGUGCCACCUGUGGUCAAAUCUGUGGGAGAGCAUGAGAAGACACCUGCUAAUUCUUCUAAGAAAGAUCCUCUUGGGGAUGCUCGGAGCAAGGUACAAGAGGAAAUCACCCGUGAAUUUGCUGCAAUCAUGGCCACUGGGACAUUGCGUGCAAGUGAGGCUGCUGCUUUAGCAACUAAGAAAGUUAUGCAAAGAUAUGGAGACACAACUGCUGCUAUGAACUAAUGGCAACCAAGUUUUAUAAAUUCAUCUGUGUUGGAAAAUUAAUACUCAACUUGAAUGAUGUAAUGUAGACUUACUGGGUUCCAAGUAGGAGAUGACGAUGGAUUCUUCCUUUUGUACUCUUUUUUGGACUUUAUUCAUUGAAUAAGAACUUUUUUGCAACUGCGA